GGCCCAAUAACACAAAAUCUACAUCUAAUUACAAAUAUCCACUAACAAGCUCAGCGGGAAGGGGGUGACGACAAUCAUUGGAGGGGGAGACUCUGUUGCAGCGGUCGAGAAGGUUGGGCUUGUAGAAAAGAUGAGCCAUAUCUCUACCGGAAGCGGUGCUAGCCUUGAGCUACUCGAGGGGAAAAUGCUACCCGGUGUUCUUGCACUUGAUGAUGCUUAAUUGAGAGCACCUGGGGUUUCGUUUCUCUCAUUUUCAUUACUUUUUCUUGGCUUUCUCCUUUUGGUUUUUUACCCACCAGAGGUGAGUAGUAUUAGGCUCUCUAAGAAAGUAAAAGUGGUUUAAUGUUUGAAUAAACUUUGUAGCUAGUUUUUUGGCUUCAUUUUUCAAGACAUGUGGCUUAUGCAUAUCACACAUCUGGUGUUUUUAUACUCCAAAAAAAACGGUUCUGAUUCUGGGAGCUCUGGGAGUGACUCGGUUGCAGAUGAUGCACAAUCUUGAUUCCAUACUUUUUUGUCCAUCUCUGUUAUCUCUAAAGUGUAGCCUAAUCUCUGUAAUGAUGAGAAGAAGAUGCAAACAGAGUAGUCUUUGUAAUGGCAUUGAUUUGUAGAAAAAAAAUUCUUGUAUGCUUAUGGCAGUGUUGGACAUGCUUCAGCCCUAGGAGCCACUAUGGAUAUCCUCUUGAUCAUACUGCAAUGGUAUUUAACUUCUGGGUAUACUUCCCUUUAUUGGGAAGCAGAUUUUAAGGAGAUGCUACAGCUCCUUUCUAUCCCACUUUUUACUGUGGACCAUAUCAGUAGGUUGGCCUUUUUACUUUCAUGCUGCAGUUCUUCUGCUGAUUUUUGUGAUGGUCAUACUAAUCGUGUUACUAAUUAUCUGGUCCAAUGGUGUUGUAAUCACCUUCAUUCUAGUAUGGAUUUUUUAGGUAUUUUUGAUUACCUGCACAAUGUCAGCUCCUUUGUCAACAUGAUAUUCAGCAGGUUCAUAACUGUUCAGCUUCUAGCUCAUGCUAACCUGAGCCUCUUAUUGGCAUGUAGUUGUGUUGCCAUUUCCUGGUUAGGCAGUCCUUUCUACCUUUCUACCUGAGGGUAUGGAGAACUUUGAUCUUGGGUGCGCUCAUUUUCCUUUUCCUACUUUCUAGGGGAUUGUGUUUGCGUUGUUUGAAGAUUUUUUUAAACCAUUAUUGGUUAUACUGGGGUUAUGGAGAAGUUUGGAUAUUAUGGGUGUGCUUAUAAUAUCUUUUCCUAGCCUUGGUAUGUAUGGUUUGUGGAGUAAGGAGUGGUUGACUCGGAUGGGUUUUUAUUCCUCCCGUUGGAGAUGAUUACCACUCCUUUGUGUUGCCAUGCCUCUCCGUAUGACCAUUAUUGUCUUAGUGCGGUUAUGCUCGUGUUGGCCUGGUGUGAGUUUGGAUUGUCGUGUUGGUUUGAUGUUUUAGACUUUUUUGUGGCUUUGGUCAAGCCCUAGACUAUUAUGUUGUUUGUUUUGAUCUUAUUGUGGCCUUGAUCAAGCCUUAGUUAGCUUGUUUGUUGUUUAGACCUUAUUGUGGCCUUGGUCAAGCCGUUCUAGGUUCCCUUACCCCCCUUAUUUGUUAUUGUAUCCCCGGAAGGUUUGUCUUCUGUAUGAGGGGCUGGCGUUUGGCCUUGGUAUAGUCCUCCCCUCACUUUGUGGCUCCCUACUAUCUUAAUAAAACUCGGUAAGGGUU